AUGGGUUCUGUGUCCCAACCCGACGACAACACUUCACGCUCAUCGCACGGCACUCGCAGGCGUGAAAUGGCGCCCAGCAUCGAAUCGUCCCUAGAGACACAGGGCCUCGCAAACGAGCAGACGGAGCUCUUGAACCUCAUCGACAAGCUGCAGUUUGCACAACUUGACAAUGUCAAGCUGCCGCAAAUUGUUGUAGUCGGCGACCAGUCGGCCGGCAAGAGCUCAGUCUUGGAGGCGCUGUCUGGCACACCCUUUCCACGAGAUGCUGGGGCCUGCACAAGAUUUGCCACCGAAAUCAGGCUUCGCAGAGCAAAAGAAACGAAACUCAAGGUGUCCAUCAUUCCCGACAAGACGCGCCCCUACAAUGAACAGACCAAGCUCCUCCAAUAUGGCGGUGACGUCACGGGCGACAUGCCCUUUGAGAUGCUGAUGCGCGAAGCAACAGAGCUCAUCGCGCCAAAGAAUAUUCCUGGCCGGUUCGCAGCUAGAGAUAUUCUCGUUGUCGAAAAGACGGGCCCCGAUAUGCCCCUUCUCACACUCGUCGACUUGCCUGGCCUGGUUCGUGUGGCCAACCGCGACCAGUCCGAGGCCGAUAUCGCGACCAUUGAGCAUCUCUCCGAUCGUUACAUGAAGAGCCCCCGAACAAUUAUUCUUGCUGUGAUUGGCGGCAACAAUGACUAUGUGCAGGCACCAAUCUUGACCAAGGCUCGCCAAUUAGAUCCUAAAGGAUCUAGAACCAUUGGUGUGUUGACCAAGCCCGACAUGACUGAGGGCAUCGGCCUGGAAGACAAAUUUGUGGAACUUGUCUUGAAUAAAGAUGAUGAGAACCACUUCAAGCUGGGCUGGUUUGUGUUGCUGAACCCCGGCCCAAACGAGCAGUGGACCACGGCCGCAGACCGCAACCGUCGCGAGGCCGAGUUCUUUACCCGUGGCAAAUGGGCAAGCCUACCACCAGAGAUGUGGGGUGUAGCUUCAUUGCGACAAAAGCUCAGCAGCCAGCUGCAGCGCCACAUUGGUAAGCACGUCAAGAGCCUCCGCCAGCAGAUUCAGAAGGCCCUGGAUCGCUGCGAUGGCCAGCUCAAGGAACUGGGCGAAGGCAAGGACACUGUGGAGCAAAUGAAAGCUGAGAUGCACGGGCUGUUUGCUGCCUCCAACAAUUUAAUCACACCUGCCGUCAAUGGCAUCUACAAGAACCAAACUGGCGAUCAAUUCUAUGCCCGCCAAUCGAGCCCCAAAGGCACGCCGUCGCAAAAUCUCCGUGCCCGCGUCUGCGAAGAAAACGAACGAUUUUCGCGCUUGUUCCGCCAGCAUGGCCACAAAAUCAACUUUGCCGAGGGCGACCAGAGCAAGAAGGCCUAUGCGCAUGAAAAAGUCGAGCCUCUUUUGCGCCAGAUUCGCGGUAACGAGCUGCCUCUCGACUCCAACCCCCGAGCCCCGUACAUUCUGUUCCAAGACUACUCCAGUAAGUGGCCCGAACUGGCGCAAGAGUACAAGGACAACCUCAGUGUUAUCUGCAACGAGUUCCUCGUUCACGUCAUCAGCCACAUCUGGCCAAUGCGCAUGCGUGACCCGCUACGCUACUACUUCUUGGAGGCCAAGAUGCGCGAGGUCAUGGAGAGUGCCGGCAAGGAGCUGAACAAUCUCAAGGCGGACAUGGAGCUCGAGAUUCAGCCCUAUGACCCCGAAUAUGAGGUGCGUCUGCGCAAGUGGCGCGCCGAGGCGACUCAAAACGGUGGCACCUACACCGAAGCAGAAGAGGUGCUGGAAAAGAUGCUCAUCUACUACGACCUGACGGCGCGCAUAUUCAUCCGCAACGUCACCACGCAGGUGGGCGAGCGCCACCUGCUGCAGGGAAUGCUGUGUCUUUUCAACUCGGUUGAGAUUUACGACAUGCCCAAUUCGACCAUUGAGUCCAUUGCUGCGGAGAAUAAGGAGACGCGCGAUCGCCGCAUGACGCUCAAGGCACAGAAGAAGGCUAUUGAGGAAGCGCGGAGCAUUUGCGCUAGCCUGGCUAUGCGCAGUGACCUGCGAGCCUACGCGGACGAACAGGAAGACGACAUUGACACGGACAGUGACAGUCCACCAAGACAAAGCACCAUCAAUCGGCAGUCUACCGCCUCGCAAGCUACUCAGCAGCGCCGGUCACCCGAGCCAAGCCGGCCGAGCUACCAGGAAGAGCGUCCUCGUGCAAGUGUAGACCCGCGCAAAGCUCAGCAGCCGCCCCAACCCUCUGCACCGAUUGCGCAAGCCUCUCCUGUCGUGCCCAACGUCCACUACAACGACCAGCCUCGCGAGCGCGAGCGCGAGCGGGAUUCGUCCUACUACUAUGCCCCGGCAUCGUCGACGCAGCAGCAGCAGCAGCAGCAGCAGCAGCCACAUCAUGCGCCGCCUCCACCGCCCCGUCCGCAAAAGGUUGGCUACGAGGAUUUGAGCGGCUAUUAUGAUGCCUCUCAUAACACGCAGAAUGGAUCUAGAGGGAGCAAGGAAGGGACACGUCAUCGCCUUGCGGCGGUGAUGCGUGGCCAGUAA